AAGGCAAUUGAUGAAGGAAUUAGUAUUACCGUAAAGAGGAAGAUAAAUUUGGAUUUUGGAGGGAAAAUUGAAAAUUAGAAACCGAUUUUUCAUUGAGCAGUUUCAGAGCAGCAACAGCAAGAGUAUUUUGUAAAAUUCAAAUCAAAUUAAUUUACGAUUUUUUUAAUCUUUUAAUUGAUGAAUUGAUCGAGUUUCUUCAAUUCACGUUUCAAUGGAAGAUUGCUGUAAUUCACACGAUAAAUAUUCUUCUUCCUCUUCUUCGAAAUCUAACAAAAGAAGAAGAAGAAGCACAGAAGAUGAAGGGAGAAGAAGACGAAGUAGGAGGAGCGUUGUGGUGGAGUUGAAUCACUUUGAUCUCCCUCUCCUUUCUGCAACCACCGGUUCUCCGGUCGAUUCUAUUCGUCUCUAUCCUCAUCGCCCUUCCUCAACCAUCGGUCGUAGUUCUAGGUAUUCCGAUUUUUUCUUUAGCGACCGCCGCGUCGGUCGCCGCCAUUGCCAGAUUCUCUUUGAUCCUUUCCUCCGCAAACUCUAUCUUCUCGACGGAGAAUUUGAUUCUGGCUCUGCUCUUCAGGUUAGGGCUUCUAAGAAUGGAGUGUUUGUUAAUAGUGUCAAGGUUAAGAGAGGCAUGGCCGUGGAGUUGGCCGAUGGAGAUGAAGUUUCACUUGUCUGUUCAAACAGGCGGCGUUGUAGUUCUUCUUUUCGCAUCGGCUUUUCUAUUCAAAGAAUUGUUUUUGAGACCCAGAAAUCACAAUCUCAAUCGCAGUCACAGUACUCUCAAGGAACAAUUGUAUCGAGCCAGAAGGGAAACAAGAGAGUUUUUGCUUCAAAGGUCAGUGACGAGGAUUUUGAUGCAGUUUCAAAAUGUGAAGAUUUCGUUGCCAGAGCAAACUGCUUGUUGAGUAACUGCAAGCGCAUUUUGCUUAGCGAUGACCCUGUAUCUUAUCUUCGAGCCACUGCUAUCCCAACCUAUCAAUCUGAUGAAAGCCAUAUGAAUCAGAAGUUGGAAAGUAGUGAAGGGGCUAGCCCGGUGCUGCCUUGUUCGAGUUUACAUUCACGUCCUUGCGAGAAAAAAAUGGCUUCAGAACCGUUUGAUUACGUUGCUAAUAGUGAAAGUUUGAGUAGACAAAAUGAAAGUCCGAUUGGUUUUGGUACUGCUAGUGUGGAUAAUAAUUCAGAGAAAACUUGGUUUAAUAAUGUUGGUAAGGAUUGUUCUUUGUUUCCUGAUUGUGCUGUAAAGAGAAGCAUAAGUACUCGGGGCUGCAUUUCUGAGCCACCUGGAAAAGGUUUUUAUCUGAACCGUCUUGGGUUCAUGGAUGAUUCCUCUUCAAGUCAUACUACUGAUGUAUCCUUACAUGAGCUUUUUCAUCCUGUUGAAAGCAUUUCCCAAAUUUUCAUUGCAACUUUUACCAGCGACAUUUUAUGGUUUUUGUCGUCCUGCGAGAUUCCUAGGCAUUUACCUGUGACAAUUGCUUGUCAUAGUACCGAGAAAUGUUGGAGUUCAAGUACUGAAUGUAGGACUUCUGUGCCUUACCCUGAUUUUCCUAACCUUGUUGUAGUGUAUCCCCCAUUUCCCGAGGACAUUGCUUUCGGUAAAGACUUGAAAAGACAAGGAAUUGGUUGUCAUCACCCCAAAUUGUUUGUUUUACAAAGAGAUGAUUUUGUUCGAGUUAUAAUUACUUCUGCAAAUUUAGUUCCGACCCAGUGGAAUGCUGUGACUAACACAGUCUGGUGGCAAGAUUUUCCCCGCAAUUGUGUUCCAGAUUACAUGUCGCUUUUUACUCAAAUUCAUGGUCCAGGAGUAAACCAAGACUCAAAAUCUGAUUUUUGUUCUCAGCUGGCUGGGUUUAUGGCAUCUCUUUUGACUGAUGUACCCAGCCAGGCUCAUUGGAUUGUUGAAUUGGCAAAGUAUGACUUUGGAGAGGCAAUGGGUGAUUUAGUUGCUUCAGUACCUGGGAUUCAUUCUUACAGACCUCCCAAUAUGUUUCCAUUCAUGCAACUCUUACAAGAUAUGUCAACAUCAUCUGGUCACAGAUUCCUUGGUUCAGUUGAAGCAUCUGUUGUUGGUUUGAGCUACCUCUUUCACAAUGCAGCUGACUCCAACGGUGUACGGCUUAAGAAAUUGGCUUCUUUCAUGAGGAAAUCAUGUGAAAAUACGCAUGAUUUUUCUAAGGUUGUAUUGAUGAGAAAUAAAAAUGUUCGUGCCGAUGAAAAUGCUGUGAGCAUUCUUGUUCCUAACCCAAAUGAGGACCUUAGUCAAGAUUGUGUUCAGCUUGGAUUUCUUCCUAGGAAGGUUGCAAAGUGGAUCUCUCCACUGUGGGAUAUUGGAGUUUUCAGAUUCUGUGCUUAUGUUUGUCAAAGGCAAGCCCUUGCUGCUGCUUUAGGAGGAAGUAACAAGAAAGUGACACUGUUUAUACAUGUUUCACAGGGGCCCAAUUUUCAAGACAUACAAAAUUUAAUGCAACCUGGGCAUGUUGCAGCAUUAUGCUCAAUGGUUGCUGCAAUUCAAAGGUGCACUGGCCUCUGGCGCUUACAAGAGGUUCUGUCUCAAUAUAAAUGGCCUGAACAACUUGAAUCUGAUUUCAUUUACGGCGCGUCCUCAAUUGGGUCUAUCGAUGCAAAAUUUUUGGCUGCAUUUUCAGCAGCUAUAGGAAAAACAUCGGCACAAUUUGAUUCAGAAGAAUCUGAUCCAGAGUGGGGCUGCUGGAGUGCUAGUCAAGAAUUGAAAAAUCCAUCAAUUAGAGUCAUCUACCCUACGAUAAACAGAGUUAAAAAUGCAUGUAAUGGGGCUUUGCCUUCAAAGCGUAUACUUUGCUUCUCUGAGAAAACAUGGGAAAGAUUGAGGUCUAUUAACAUACUCCAUGAUGCAAUUCCUCAUCCUUAUACUAGAGUAGGGCACCCGAUGCAUACGAAGGUGGCACGAAGGCGCUUUAAGUCCGUGACAGAUGCAUCUUCUUUUGGUUGGAUUUAUUGUGGCUCACAUAAUUUUAGUGCAGCUGCCUGGGGACGAACAAUUUCUAAUUCAUAUGGUCUAAAAGUAGAUGAAGAAGGGAAAUCUAAAUCUUCAUUGGGUCCACGACUUCACGUGUGCAACUAUGAAUUUGGGAUUGUUUUCACUUUCCCCCCAACAGAUGGAAAGGUUAGUGCCAGUAAAAUUAGCAGGAACUUGGAUAAUAUUAUUCUGCCGUUUGUUGUGCCUGCUCCGAAAUACGGACCUAGAGAUAGGCCUGCCACAAAAAAGGCAAUGAGGGAGGUAUUAGCAACGAGUAACCAAGAGAAAGAAGACGUUGAAGUUGAAGAGGUUCCCGAUGAAGACGAAUCAGUUCAGGAAACUGAUUUUGUUGCAGAAGAGAAGGAAGAAGAGAAAGCUUAUGCCCAGAUACUUUGGCGCCAAAUUGACUCUUCUUAGAAUUGAUUAUGGAGAUUGGAGAAUUCUUAUGAUUUCUUUACGCUAGAAAUGAGAGACUUCUUUUUUAUUCCAUAUACUAGUGGCAUUUCUCAUCUUGUGAGGGAGCUCCUCAUUAUCCAUAGCUGAUGGACUUUCUUGGUUUGUAGUGGUGCCAAGACAAUUCUGAGUAUCACUAUGACACUGGAUAAAUUUAAUAGGUGUGCAGCCAAGGGGACAAAGAUAUUUCUUACUUGGAAAGACAUCUCUUUCUUGUGCCCUCAAAAUAAUGGGGAUUCAGAAAUAACUAUCCAUCUUCCAUUAAUCUGAAGAAGAUUUUAGAUUUAGGAGGAAGAGCUUUGGUGCAGAAAAAUUGUUUGGAAUUAUGGUUUGACCAGAGUCUUUCUUGCUGGACAGAUUUUGGUACAUAACUAUUAUUUGAGAAGAAAUUUUGGUUUGCUCCCCACUACACUCUAUAUGGAAUUAAAAUUGCUUGUGUUGCAGGCCAAAUAAAUAUCCAUGUAUCUUCAAGGCUGACAAUCAUGUCUUAUGAGACACAUACUCGAUUUUUUUUCAGGGGCCAAAAUAUACAGGAAUUUUCGUGCUCUCGCUUCCAGAAUUUGAAUUGGGUUGCUUAAGAGUUGAAAGAGGAUCAUUCUCCGGAAUGAGGCACAAUUUACAGUAUCAUAAGUUCAGAAGUCACUUCCAUUUGGGAAAACCAAAAUAAAGGUAUUCUGGUACAUACAGAGGUCAUUUGUAAGAAAUUGUAUGUGAAAAACUUUCAUGACCUAUCAUUGGUCAUUCAAAACAAAAUAAAGCUAUGAUGAUGCUAUGAAGUUCAGCCAUGGAUAGGCGUCACCGACAUUAUUAUUUUGUUAUUAUCAAUGAAUAUGCAUUCAUAAUUAUGAAUUGCAUUAUUGUUUAUUUA